CUGUGGCAGCCCAGCAGCCCCUUCCACAUCAUCGAAGGCAUGGUCACUGACGUGCGAGUACCCCAGAACACGUCCCGAAGUCUGCUGCCCUACCUCCAGCAAGCAAACAUCCAGUACACAAUUCUCAUAUCAGACUUACAGAAAGCAAUAGAAAACCAAACUGGACUCAAGUCAUCCAGGAAUCGAAGGUCUCUCUCCGGGUAUAACUAUGAAGUGUAUCACUCCCUGGAAGAAAUCCAGGGUUGGAUGCAUCAUCUGAAUAAAACUCAUUCAGAUCUUGUUCAAAUGUUUUCUGUUGGAAAAUCCUAUGAAGGGAGACCACUGUUUGUACUCAAGUUAGGUAAAAGAUCACGGCCUUACAAGAAAGCUGUCUGGAUAGACUGUGGGAUUCAUGCAAGAGAGUGGAUUGGCCCUGCCUUUUGCCAGUGGUUCGUGAAAGAAGCUCUUCAGACAUACGAGACUGAUCCUGCCAUGAGAAGGAUGCUAACUCAGCUGUAUUUCUAUAUCAUGCCUGUAUUUAAUGUGGAUGGAUAUCAUUUUAGCUGGACAAAUGAUCGAUUUUGGAGAAAAACAAGAUCAAAGAACACAAGGUUUCGGUGUCAUGGUGUUGAUGCUAAUCGCAACUGGAAAGUGAAGUGGUGUGAUGAAGGUGCUUCAUUUCACCCAUGUGAUGAUACCUACUGUGGUCCCUUUCCUGAGUCUGAGCCUGAAGUAAAGGCUGUUGCUCAUUUUCUCCGCAAACAUCGGAAACAAAUAAAAGCUUAUUUGUCCUUCCACGCAUAUGCACAGAUGCUGCUGUACCCUUACUCUUACAAAUACGCAACGAUUCCAAACUUCAGCUGUGUGGAAUCAGCAGCCUAUAAUGCUGUUAACGCUCUUGAGUCAGCCUAUGGUAUAAGAUACAGAUACGGUCCUGCAUCUAGCACUUUGUAUGUGAGUUCCGGUAGCUCUAUGGACUGGGCCUACAAAAAUGGCAUCCCCUACGCAUUUGCGUUUGAGCUGCGUGACACCGGCCACUUUGGAUUUUUACUUCCCGAAACGCUGAUUAAACCAACCUGCACAGAGACCAUGCUUGCAGUUAAAAAUAUAACUCUUCAUCUGCUGAAGAAAUGUCAUUGA